AUGAAGCUUCUGCUGCUGGCUGUGGGACUGUCCCUGCUCUGCAUCCUCCAGGCCCACCAUGGCAAUGCUGAGAAUGCUGAACAAAGUCUUUCAGGAGACUGGCGCUCAGCUAGAUUGACCUCAGAUGACCCAUCUCUGAUUGAAGAGGGAGGGAAGUUUAGACUUUACAUUCGAAAUAUCAACGAGCAUAAACGUGGUGACCUUGUCGGACAUUUCUUCAUGAAGAAAUUUGACCGGUGCAUUCCUAUCAUGAUGGUUGGUGCUAAGACAGAUACAAAGGGGGCAUACCACGUGUAUUAUUAUGGAACAAAUGACCUUCAUCUUUCUGUACAGAAGAAUGACUAUGUCAUAUUUGUUGCACACAAUUCCUAUCAUGGGAAGGAGGCUGUGAUUGUCAAUUUAUUUACAAAGACGGGAGAAGUUAGUGAAGAAGCCGAGACUGCAUUUAAGAAUAUUUGUACAGAACUUGGACUCAAAGAGGAAAAUACUGUUGACAUGACCAAAGAUGGAUGCAGCAUCAUAGACUGGUUGGACUUCCCAUCACAAGAACGAUUCUAA